AUGCCUGAGAACACGAGCUGUAGCUCUGUAAGCUCGCAGAGCUUCCGCGGCCGGAAGGAUUGGGGUGGUUGGGAUGAAGCCGGCUGGUCUGCAGACCCUGCUGCCAGCGCCGGAUCUCUCGAGGCCAUUCCGCUGCCAGGAUUCUUCCGCAUGAGGAGAGCCCAAGCAGAGCCUCCGAAGGCCAUCAAGGAGUUCAUCGCUUUGCAUCAGUUGGGAAAUGUGAAGCUCCCAAAGCUAAAGCGCGGGGAGCACCGCCCGGCAAUCUUUGCGGGCUCGGAUCCAGCACACGACGGCCGAAGAGGCGCCGUCGAUGAUGGCAGAGGCGACACCUUGGGACGCAUGGCCACGGCCGUGCACAAGGGCUUCCUGAGGCAGCGGGCCCGGUGCCAUCCGGGCCUCCAAACCUCUUCCGCUCCUUUGCCUGAGCGGCCUGAGGUGGCCUUCAUCGGCGCUUCCAAUGUCGGCAAGUCCUCCCUCUUGAACUCACUGACACGGACACAGCAGCUGGCGCCUGCGAAGGAAGCCCUGGAGCCAAUUUUGAUCUUGCUCGGCGCCGCCGCACAGCAAGAGCAGGCGCAGCUGCGCAGAGCCGGGCUCAGUGCUACGAUUGCCCUUCAGACUUUGUCCAACGCCUGUAUUUCCCAAAAGCUCACCUGGGCCUGUGAUGACGCCUCCUUGUUGCAAAGGACAGCCUCUGCUCCUGCGGGUCUUCUUCAAGCCGAGGAACUCCCCUCGGUGGCGUCCAUUACUUUUGCACCUGGAUCGGAGUGGAUGAUGGGAUGGAGAAGAAAAUCGCCAUCCGCAUUGCAAGUGGAGAAAUCAGAGCCAGAGCCGGAAAUCCUUCGCAUGGAGCGGAAGGCUUCACUUCUGGAUGCGCCGGUCAUCAGGACGCUGUCUGGAAGGACCUCGGAGCCAAGUGGCCCUCCACCCUCCACGCAUCCAGACUCGGACGCAGAAUCCUCCGCCGAGUUUUUCGGCUUAGAGACGCCCGGCCCGGCGGGGCCGGCGGGGGGGCACGGCGGCGGCCUUCCGACGAGCCCAAAGCUAACGCCGAACGUGAGGAAGGAAGAGCCGGAGAGGCCGGAGAGGGAGAGGCCGGAGCCGAGACGAAUGGCGGCGGAGCUUCCGCCCCCGCCUCUUCCGCCUGCUCAGGAGCCCAAAGCCGAGACGGAGCCGAAGGAGCCGAAGGCGAAGGGAGAGCCGGCAGAGCCGGAAGCCCCUGCGGCCCCUGCGGUAGAAACCGCGUCUUCGGCCCCUGCGGCGGUUGAAACCCCAGCUCCCACAAGAAACGCGGCGGCAGAAGAAGCCGCGAGCUGGAUCGACAUCAUGAUCCCAGGAGCACAAACAGUUCUUCACGUGAAGAACCCAGAAGAGAUCGAAGCGACGAGUUCCGAUCCAAAUCCCCAAGUUGCAACUUUUCGAACGAACAACGUCACGGUGGAGGCCGUCCCUUUGGUUCCCAACGAGCGCCUCUCCGUUUCCCAGACUCUGAAGGGCAACAGGACGCUUCUAGUGGAGGCUUUGGAGGCACUGCAAGAGGCGGGUGCGGGAAGUGGCCGGCCCUUCGAUGUGGCGACGGCGGCCCUGGCAGCGAUGGAAAGGGCGCUCUCGGAAGCUACGCUCACCAGCCGCGACAUCGAAGAGGCCGACGUCCGAGAGAAAGCGGCCUUGGACAAGAGCGAGUCCUUGGAGGAGAAAGCAGCGGAGCUCUCGAAGACCUUGGAAGACAUCGCCGACGGCGUGGCGGAAGCCAGUGCUCAGCAGGUGGCGAAAGGGGCGGAGGAAGCUCUGCGGCUCCGCGGGCUCUGGCAGGAAGACGUGAACGGGAGCCUCCUGGCAGAGCAGGAGAAGAGGGAGCAAAUCACUCGGCUUGCACAGCAGCUCUCGACCGUUGCGCGCUCCGGCGUCACAGCACUGAAGGCCGUGACCCUGGGCUUGCAUCUGGAGGUGAACCUGACAGCGGCGGCUGCGAGCUUCCGGCGGCGGUUUGCGCUCAGCAACGAGAGCUCUGGAAGCCUCUGGCAGCUGCCGGAGGCGGAGGAGUUGGCGACCGUCGGGAAGGUUCCAGUCGCAGAGCUCCAGCGCUACAAGGAGGUCUUGCUUGGGAAGCUGAAAGACCUCCGGAUCCUGCCGCCGCCCGUUGGGUCCGCGCCACUCACCGCGGAGAUCGCCAGCAAAGAUGGCCCAAAGGUGACCCUGGAGCUGCUGACCAAGAACGAAACAGCUUCCGAUUUCAAGACCUUGCAGGAGGAUCUGAAGCUGGCGAGCAGACAGCUGCAGAAUGCGACCUCCCAUGUCCAGGAGAUGUCCAAGGAGGUGGAGGCUGCGGACGCAGCGGCUCGCAGCCUGGACCUGGUGGCUGCGAGGAAGCAGAAUCUCACGCAAGAGCUGCUUGGCAUUGUGGAAGCAACGGAGAAGCUAUCAAAGGGGAUCAGCGACUUCCCCCAGGCUGAGGCUGGCGAGGCCAUUUCGGUUGCAACUUCCGUGGCCAACCGAUCAGCAGCUCUUGAAGAAGGUGCCAGCAAGGCUCGGAGAGUCGCAGCCCUCCUACGAUCUGCAGAGCUCGACUUCGAGGAGUCCCUGAACCGGUCGACGGAGGCUACGGCACGGCUCGCCAACGCCGGUGAGGAUGCGCAGUCGCAGCUCCUGCAGGCCCUCAAGGCCGCCGCGAGCGGCCUCCGCCUGGCGAACGCCAGCGGAGCCAAGGUGGAUUUCUCUGGGCUCCUGGAGCUCUUUGGCAAAGGCACUUUGGGGGUUGCCGGACAGGAUCUGGUGCCCGUUUUUCAAGCCCGGGCCCAGGUGAAUGUCACCACCUCCCGGGAGCAAGCCAUUGCAAAUCUCCCCUACGACCGCUUCUUCGCGCCGGCUUCCACCUCGACGAAGGCCGAGGAGACGGAGGCGGAGGAGGAGGUGAAAGAAGCGGUGCUUCUGCCAAGCACCUCAAGCAGACCGAAGACGAGGGAGCUUGAAGAGGAGAACUGGAUGCCGGGGCCCAACAGCGGAGGGCGAUGCGGAGCGAUGCGGAGCUCUGAGCGGAUGAGGCCCAAAGCCGUUUUGUUCUCCAUGGCCUGCGUCCUCUCGCUCCUCGUGGCCGAUGAUCCUGGCGUCACUCGCUCCAUCGACUGGUACAAGUGCAGCCGCCUGCCCUUGGAUGUGAUCGACCUGCCUGGCUACGGCUAUGCCAAGGGAGCCGAGUUCGGGCCACUGGUCGCCGACUUCGUGCAAAGUCGGAAGUCUUUGCGCGUCCUCUACUGCCUCGUGGACGCCAGAACCGGGAUUCGGCCGACGGACUGGAGGUUCUACGCGUCCCUCGGCAACCGCGGGGGGCCCGAGAAGGCGCCCCCGCCCGGGGCACCCCCCUCACGCCCUUGCGUCGCGGUGCGGUGCGUCGCGGCAGCUGCCGCAGCUGCCGUAGGAGCGAAGGGUGUGUAUAAGGGCCUCUUAGAAGCUCUUCUUUCUCGGCUCGGAAGCAGAAGGAAGAGGACAAAGGAUUCGGAGCCGGAGCGGGGAGCCAUGGCGACAAGAAAGGCGACACCUGGACCUGGAGGUAACUCCGGGAGAGAAGCACAGGCCAGGAGCCCUCAAAGCCCGAAGGACCCGAUGUGUCGCGACGGAUGCUGCAGUUUCUGA